AUGAAUAGGAUCGUUGAAAUUGCUGCAUGCCAUUCAUCACAUACAUCUGCUUGCAAGACUCAGAGUGGUCAGGUAUAUAUGUGGGGUCAGUGCCGAGGACAGUCAGUCAUCCUUCCAUACCUCACCUACUUUGUCUGCACUGAUGAUGUGUUUGCCUGUUUCUCCACACCUGCAGUAAUGUGGCGCCCCCUAUCAGUAGGUAAGCCGAGUUGCAUGAUUUCCAGGUUAUUUUGAUCGCUAUUCAGAUGCUUGCGUGAAAUUUAGCAUUAAAAUUCCCAAUUGCUAAUGUUCAAAGUUUGUAAUGUUUGAUAGUCUUCUUUCCAUAUAUUAAGUGGCCUAGGAGCAUGCAAUAUUUCCAAGGUUCACACAUAAACUUCUUUAGAUUCAAAGCCCUUUUUAUAUGGUCACAAAGUGUAUGCGUUUAAAAGUUGCUGGAAAAUAUUGCCUAACCCUGCAUAUACCAUUCAUUCUGGAAACCUAUAUAUGUAUAUUGCAUUACAUCAUUAAUGUUAAAUCCUUUGGCUUUUUAGCCUAUGCUUCUUAGUGACGCAUGGCACUCUGCUUUUAAAAAUUAGGAACACAACUUUAAACUCAGUACUGUGUGUCUUAAUUUGUGGAUUGGAAUGAAAAGUGCUAUUUUCUCUAUUGAAUGGAACAGGUACAUGUUGUUUGAAAGGCCACCUGCAUCUGAUCACAACCAACUGCAUACAGUAGCAGCACUGUAUAACUUUCAGGCCUGGCUAGUAGCUUAGGAGCUGAAAUUUUGAGCCCUGUUAUAAUAAUAAAGUAAACAUAUAGAAUUACAUCAACUAGCAGUGUCAGUGCUAUGUUGAAGGCACACUCUAAGCACCAUAACAACCUAUGCUCAUUGUGUAUGUUAUUGUGCAUGGAGUUCCUCUGUCACUGUGUCACUGCAGCUGCAAGACAGGCCUUAUUCAAGCAGUGCGCAGGUACAGAACCCAAUGACUGUACAGAUUCUCUGUGCCUUAAUAACGCUCACUGUGGUGAGGGAAAGAGGAACUGUCACUUUCAGAGAAGUGACAGUUCCACUUUAAUAGCUUGCUCAAUGAGGUUGUGCCAACAAGGGGGCCUUUUAAAUAUGUACUGGGUCUUGUAUCCUUUUUAGAGGAAACCUUUUUUUAAAAUUGUCUUGAAUAAUCAAAUAUUAAGCCAAUAGAUUAAAAUGUAUGUUGAUUUAAGACAUUGGUUAAUAUGAAUGUACAGAAUCUUUAAAAGGUCAUGUUUGUAAGGCAUUUACACCCUCUCUAAAAAAAAUAAAAAAAAAUCUUUUAUUUUCUCUAGAGGCAGACGAACACCUUACUGUUGCAGAAUCAUUAAGGAAAGAAUUUGAUAACCCUGAAACUGCAGACUUGAAAUUCUUAGUAGAUGAAAAAUACAUACAUGUGCAUAAGGUUCUUCUUCAGAUUAGGUAAGCGUUUGUGUGCAUAACACAUUUAUACAUACAUUUAUCAAAGACAUGCUGGAACAAGACCGCAGAAACAAACAUUUGGUUUCUGUAAUGUUUGCUCCAAAUAAAAAGUUUUGUUUCGCAACUGCUCCAGUUAUGCCUUGAUAAGUAAUUCCUUAUAAGUUUCUAAGUGUAAGUUUACAAGUUUGAAAGCUUCCUUGUUCCAGGGAAAUAUUUGUAUUUUUUUAUUAUAUGUAUUUACAUCUGUUUGAUUUUCUGUGCACCACUUUGUCUGCUAUUAACAGGAAUAACGAUUGUCAGGGAUGAUUUACAGACAUGUCUAGAUGGACAAAUGUUCACAUAUGCCUCGUUUCCACUGAGCAGAUCGGUUUGGUACGCUAUUUUGAGUAUUUCCAUUAUGAAAGUGGCCCAUACAACCGAAACGUACCGCACCAUUCAUGGUCCUCCUUCAGAUGUAGGGCCAUAGGAAAUGGUACGGUACGGUUAGGGCGGAGCUACUAGCGUCACACUAUACAAUCCAAUGAUUGGCGGACAGGAAAACGUCAAUGCUCACGACAAAUGACACGCUAUGCAUUUUUUCUAAACCCCGCAUGGCCCCUGGCGGUCCUACUUGCAGUGGAAAUGCUCACCUGAAUAGGAUGGACCAUUCUAAACCUUCCAAACUGUACCGACCCGAACCGUUCCGCUCAGUGGAAACGAGGCAGUAGAUUACCAUACAAUUAGACAGAUCUGAAGAGGCAGUCCCUUUUUCCACACAUCUUCAAAGGACUACAGUACACUCUAGUGUUUUAGUGGAUUGUGAAAAAUACACAUAAGUAAGUUAAUACACAGGUGAUUUGAGAACAAAAAUCAGAGUUUGAACAUUAAUUUGCCCUUCAGAGAAUGAACAGAAGUUGAAGUACCCUUUACUUUGGCUGACAUGGCUGUAAUGCUUCAUUUCUGGUGUUUCUCUAAAAUGUAGUAUUUUUACACAGAGGAGUGACAAUGUAGAGCUGCUUCCUAGAAAUGAGAAACAGGGGUCGGAGCCUGACCACCAUGAUGACUGGUCGAAUGUAAGUGCAGCUCCUGAAUAUUGUGGCCCUUUUUGCUGAUAACCGCAGAUGUUAUACUCCUCUUGCACCAGAAAACUGAGACUAUUUGUGCACGACUCCUGGUGCUGGGACUUUGCCUCUAUUGGAGAUCUAAAGCCUCUGUGACUGCAGCCUAAUCAAGCAGUGAGUGAGGUUGAUACCACUGCCCUGCUCUUUAGCCCAACUGUAACACACCGGCUCCUCUAUGCUACUUAUUGCUGCUGCCUUCCCCUUUUAUCCCCCCCGGAUCUGCCGGGUUAAUCGCGGUUCCCACUGGAGGGGUUUUGACGCUGUUUAGUGAGAUACUCUGCGCAACCUGCACUGGUGAUUUCCCGCUGUUUAGUGAGAUACUCUGCGCAACCUGCACUCAUAAUUUACUGUUGUUUAGUGAGAUACUUUGCGCAACCUGCACUGGCUGCCUCUUUGAAACUGACCACAAUGUUAAGUCUGCAGAAAGACUCCUUUGUGAAAGCAUUUGAUACUCUAUGCUCCAAAUCUUAGGACAUGCUACUACAGGGCACUACUGUUACAGCUGAGUCACCCCAACUGAGGGCAUUUGCCCAUUAAAAACAUCCUACCUGGCACUUCAGAUUUGAUCCUGCAGCCAGUUAAUAGGACUCAAGCCUUGGAGAGUAGACAUCCGCAUCGUAGCCCAUAACCCUGGAGAAACCUGCACCGACAUUGGAUUCGCCUAGUGGGCUUCCAGUCUAGGCUCAAAUCUGCGGGUGUCACGUGCUGGCUCGUGUAGUGACAUGGGGCUGGUGGAUCUCAACAUGUUGGACUUAUGUCUAUGCUAGGACUUUGCUAUCAUCAAAUUUAGCCAUGCCUGUGGUUGGAGUGGGAUGAAGGGCCAUCAUAUAGGGAUGGUUCACAUACAAGUUUUACUUAGUGAUGCUCCAGUGGGUUUUCUUUUUUUUUUUUUUUCUCACAUUUCUUUCAUUGUUAUUGUUGGUAAUAUGUUGAAGGAGCCACCAUCACUUGACACAUAUCUACUUAGUAUUUCGAAGGUCAGAGCAACCCAGCGACCCAUGUUUUAGCGUGUGCUGAUUAAGCCUGUUAAUAUUAACACAAUCGUUUGUACACAUAGGCAGUAAGGCUUCUUUAUGUUUAGUUCAUCUUAAACUUGAAACCUCCUAGAUAUAUUUUCCUUGUUUCUUUUUGUUAAUUUUAUUGUGAGUGGUUAUAUCUCACUACAAAUGUCUUUUCAUACUGGACCUUACACUUGGCUCUAUAUAUAUAUAUAUAUAUAUAUAUAUAUAUAUAUAUAUAUAUAUAUAUAUAUAUAUAUAUAUAUAUAUAUAUAUAUUAUGUACUCUGUUCUAUCUGUCUCAUCCGAUUGCCACUCACUCUAUUAUAAAAUGAGGUAUGAUUUACCAGUAUGAUCAUAUGUCUUUCACGACUAUCUCUUGUCAGAUACUGUACUGUCUCAUUUUCUUGUCAUGCAUGUCUCUCAAUAAAAAGGUGAGUGACAAAAAAUAAAUAAAAAAUUGAGAAGGAAUGUCCAUGUUGUGCGUCUACUAUUGACAGGAAUGUUUAAUUAUUUAAAUGCACAUCUAUGUAGCACCAGCAUUAUCUGCAGGGCUUUAUUUGACAACAAAUAAUUUGAGGAAGGCCCUGUUUGAAAUAGGUUUUACCAUCCUAGACUGUAACCUCAUCUAAGGUUUAUGGGCUUGACUUAAAUGGAAAGUGUCAAACCAUGUGUUAAGUGGUAUUUCCUCUCUCAAGGGACAACAUUACAUGUUCUACUCUUGAUCCUAUAUGAUUUCACAAUGUGGAGUUCCAGUGUGCAGGGAAUUUGUCAAGCGUGUAAGGAUAGAUUAUGGAGCGUGUAAUAAGCAUCGGUUAUCAUCUUAAAUGUCCUAUACUAACUGCAUGUCUGUACUGCACAUAGAGCACACUCUGCAAAUGCCCCUUUGGGCUGCGGUGUGUAGCCGCUCCCAUCUAAACACAUUUGUAAAUUAAGGUAUUUUGGCAGUUAUAUAACUGUGCGUUAGGUUGUGGUUUCAUGUCUUAUUCGUCAGUGUUUUUUAAAAGUAGGGAAGAGGUUAGAUUUAUCGAUGGAGGCCAAUCCUGCCCACAUUGUGCAAUUCAACCUCUAGCUUCUUCUUAUGCUGCAAUCAGACACUUCCAAAGCACUCUAUACUGUGUAUGUGGCUAUGGUUAGUGUCAGGGUUGGUGGAUGGUUAGGGGUUAAAUGUAGAAAUAGCACGGUUUGCAGCUAUUUAGUAUGGAAACAUAGCCACUUUACCAAACCGCAUCCUUAGGAAGGAAGUACAGGAGCGUGUCAAAAUUAGAGCAUGUCUGUUUGACCCAACAAGUCCCUUGAACACCCUAUAUUUGGGGUAUCAUUGUACUCAAAGACUGCAGCAGAAUACUAGUUUGGGGUCUUAACAGUAGUGAGAUGCGCGUGGUUUGUGAAUUUCCCCAUAAAAAUAAAAUGUGUAUGGAAAAACACCGUUUUAAAUAUAAACAGCAGAUUUGACUGAGGUUGUUGAUUAAAUGGUUAAUUGAAAAGAAUCAAUUUGCUCUUAGUUAACCCCUUAAGAACACGUGACAUGUCAUGAUUCCCUUUUAUUCCAGAAGUUUGGUCCUUAAGGGGUUAAAGCACCAUUGUCAUGCAGAACCUACAUUUCUUCUAUUGUUUCCUCUUCUCCUCCUCUUUCAAAAUCUGUUUUCUUCAUUUCUGAUCUAGUUUUCUUUAAAAUAUAAGACAAAGUAGGGAGAGUAUGGCUAUCAUCAGUCAGUCUUUGGCAUAUCCCCAAUAAAUUCUCGCUGGACAGAGACAUAUGGGAUUAGAAUCCAACCCAUAGACCUAUAAAUCUGAAUUCUUCCUGUGCAUGUUAAAUUUAACAGGUGCUUUUUACAAAUCUAUGUUUUAUAUAACAUUCAAGAUCCAGUACCCUCACUUACUAAGCUUCAACUUCAAAACCACCUGACUAAGGCCAAAAUAAUAGCGGUUUAGUUCCAGUAUAUGAUCAUAUAUUGCAUAAGCCUGCCACAACAUCAAUGUACCCCAUUCUUGGCAGGUCUUACUCUAGCAACCUAAUGCCUGCUCUGAUUACGAAUAAUCCACUUACUUGGGAAAUGCUUCCUCAUGGGACUCUCUGCAGGUCAAGGUUAAAUAGGGCCCUGAAAUGAGGCACACCUGACAGGGAGGGGUGCAAAAUUGGGGAGUUGGCCUGAAUUCCCAAAUAUAUUUACGUAUGUAUAUUUGAAAACAAAUCAAUUUUGUGAGCUUCGAAAUUGGUGUUCAGUGAGUGAGUGUGCUGAAUUUUGUAUGUUUUACAAAUUGGACCCAGUGACACCCCUCUAAUGUAUGCAUGUUCAGGUCAGUGUAGCCCUCUUGGUUUUAUAUGUUGUGCACAGUAUAUAUAUAUAUAUAUUUUUUUUUUUAAAUCCCCUUGAGGUGUGAACAUUUUCGAUCAUUCUUGCAUGAAAGUGAAGAAGAAAUCAUUGAAAUGAACCAAUUUUCCUACCCGGUUUACCGUGCUUUCUUGGAAUAUCUAUACACAGACAGCAUUAGUAUUUCUCCAGAAGAUGCAAUUGGUAAGACCAUUUUCAUUAGGAUCCAUAUAGUCUUUUGGUUUGCUUUUGUCUUUAUUUUGAAAAGUUUUGUGUUUAUGGGGUGGGGGUACAGAAGAGAAAACAGGGGAUUAGAGUUAUUGAGAUGUAUUUCACAGCACAUACAUAUGUUCUUUGAUGGUCAUCAAACAGGUCAAGCGCAUAUAACAAUUGUGUAUCAUUAAAAUCUAUUUGCGUUGUUUGCAGGUUAACAUUUUGCACAGUCUUGUUGAUAUUUGAUCAUUUUGGUCUUGUUCUUGAGGUGGGGUACAGAGAUGAGAGGGAUGGUGGGCCUGUAGUGGUGUGUAGCCGGUAGUGUGGCCCUAGUGAGCGUUUAUGUUAGAGCGUGCAUGGCCAGGUUCAGUGGUAACAUCUGGUAGUGUGGGGAUACCGGUAGUGAAUAGAAGGAUCUGGAUGAUUAUCAUGUGUCCUCUUGAUUUGUUUGUGAUUCGCAUAUAUUUUGUAUGUUAGUGCGUUCGAUUAUUUGAUAAGGGUGGCUUGUGUUGUCGCACAAGUUCACAAUAACUUCUGUGCUCCUAACAGUCUUUCGUGUUUGUUUUGAUCAUGGGAUUAGAGUGGGGUGUGGAAAGGGGGCGUUGGUUAUCCUAAGUUAUUUGUUCGGUGUUGUCCUGCAGCUGAGUGAGUUUACUGUUGUGGUUUUGUGACUGUUGUGUGGUUUGUGUUUGGUCUCUGUGGAGGUGUUCCUCACUGUGGUCCGUGAGGUGUGUGAAGGUUGUGGUUUGUCUUCUGUUCGUCUGGGGAGGGAGGUGUGGGUUGAGGUUAGGGACGGGGUAGAUGAGUAUCCGGUUGGUUUGCUUUUGUCUUUAACACAAGUAUCUUUUUAUUUUUUAUGAACAUGUAUUGAAUCAAUGUUGAAUAACAUAUUGUUUAUUAAAUUGCCUAUUUGCUUUGAGAGGUUGAGGGUUGAGAAAUUAUAAUUGUGAAACAUUCCUUAAAGAGCUCCGUAUUUAAACUUGGAAUGAGCUACCAUUUUUGUAAUGAAGUUCAGAAAUAUGAGUCCAUUACUUUUUUCAAAAAUUCAGUUUUAAUCACUUUAUUGUAUUGAAAAGGUUUGUUUUUUUUCAGCAUUAAGCUUUUGUUUGGUUAACCGGAGUCAAAAACCUUUUACAUUUUUUUUUUGCAUUUUCACUUAGUGCAAGGGAAGCCUCGACUAGCACAAUGAAGCAGGAUGUGUAUAAAUAUACUUUAAGCACACACCUCUUUUAAUGCCACAGUGCUUCAAUAUACGUUACAAAAUAAAGAUGCAUUAUGGAAAAAUCAAUGUUUUUUUUAUUUUUUUUUAUUUUUUAAGCAAACUGCACAAGGCACAUGUCCUUUUUAUCGAUUUACUUCCUUCCAUGACAACAUAUUCCAUAUUGCUGCAGUUUUGCUCCUGUCUGCUUUCAGGAACAUAACAUCCAGCUCAGAUCACAGACUUUAAAUGGGAAAAAAAAUGUUCUCUUAAAAUGAACAAAAUAAAGCACAGAUAACUUUUAAUAAACUAGUGUCGCCCUGAUGUGUAUGUGUCAAUGGAUUUGUAAGCACUGGUUUUAUUGGUCAAGGAUCAUAGUAUAUUUCUAACUAGUUCUGUACUCCACAGGGCUUCUGGAGUUGGCAACAUCCUAUAGAGAAAACCGAUUGAAACAGCUUUGUCAGCAAACCAUAAAGCAAGGUAUCUGCGAGGAGAAUGCUGUAAUACUUCUGUCUGCUGCUGUUAAGUAUGAAGCUCAGGUACAACACAUGUUUUCUUUUCACUUAGCUCCAUACAGCUCCAUACUUUGGAAGAAUUCAAUUUGCAUACAUGCAGUAGACAAGUUGAUUUCAAGUCAAUUACAUUUUCCUUGUUAAGAGUAUCCAACUCUAGUUAAAAAUCGAGGUUCUUUGACAAAGGAACACUAGAGUGUCAGCAAUACAAACAUUUAUUACUGCCACUAGAGGUGUUUCUAGGCUGUAAUAUAAACACAGCCUUUUCUCUGAAAAGGUAGUGUUUACAUUAAAAUGCCUGUAGGGACUUACUAUACAUACCAGAACAAAUGCUUGGUGACUAUAGUGUCCCUUUAAGACACUAAUAAUCUUCAUAAUUAAUGGAACAUCUAUCAUCAAAUUUUCAUCUCUUGUUUUUUAAAAGUUUAUUACAUCUAAUGAAACUUAAAGGGUCACUCCAACCCCAUUUUGCUUUUUGAAGUGGUCAUGGUGUUAGAAGUCAGAAUGUGCAGAGUUUCAGCUUGAAACGCUGCACAUUCAGAGAUAUUUUUAAUUGUGUGCCAAGGGCUAGUUGCACCUCCAACACAUGUGACUUAGGCUGCCCAGACAUACCUAAUUUCAUUUUUGUGCAUAAAAAGUGUCUGUCGUUCGCACACACUGCUCACUGGCUAUUGACCUUACUGCUUGCUGCACACACUGCUUUCUGUCUGCAAGGAGAAACUCAUGUCUCCACUCCCUCCAACUCACAUUGAAAAAAGCCAUCCAGCCACUCUAUUAUUUAUUUUUUUAUUAAAUUCCCUGCCCUCACUCCUCCUUUCCCUAUCCCAUACCAACUCCAAGCACAUCUGUGUGCCCUGAGACAAUAAAAUUGUUAAAUUAGAUAAAGAUUUUCUCACAAAUAAUUUAAUAUUUUCAUAUAUACCAUUUAAAAAUGUAUUAUUAAUGGGUUUUUCCAAUCCUUUUACAUAAUUAAUAGAAUAGUGCCCUAUUGGCAUUAUUCUAUAGGUCUCCUCUACAAAACCGCUCAAAGAGCAUUUUAGUAUUAAGUUUAACUUGCAUUAAUUCAGGUCCAAGAUGGGCAAAACUCCCGGGCACUGUGCGACACACUCCUGUCUGUCAUCACGGGAGCCGCACUAAUGUACAGGUGAUACUCGAAAAAUUAGAAUAUCGUGCAAAAGUUCAUUUAUUUCAGUAAUGCAACGUAAAAGAGGAAACUGAUAUAUGAGAUAGACGCAUUACAUGCAAAGCAAGAUAGUUCAAGCCGUGAUUUGUCAUAAGUGCGAUGAUUAUGGCUUACAGCUCAUGAAAACCCCAAAUUGACAAUCACAGUAAAUUAGAAUAUUGUAAAAAGUGCAAUAUUCUAGGCUCACAGUGUCCCACUCUAAUCCGCUAAGUAAGCCAUAACACUUGCAAAGGGUUUCUGAGCCUUUAAAUGGUCUCUCAGUCUGGUUCACUAGGAAUCACAAUCAUGGGGAAGACUGCUGACCUGACAGUUGUGCAGAAAACCAUCAUUGACACCCUCCAUAUGGAGGGAAAGCCUCAAAAGGUAAUUGCGAAGGAAGUUGGAUGUUCCCAAAGUGCUGUAUCAAAGCACAUCAAUAGCAAGUUAUGUGGAAGGGAAAAGUGUGGAAGAAGAAGGUGCACAAGCAGCAGGGAUGACCACAGCCUGGAGAGGAUUGUCAGGAAAAAGGCCAUUCAAAAGUGUUGGAGACUUUCACAAGGAGUGGACUGAGGCUGGAGUCAGUGCAUCAAGAGUCACCACACACAGACUGAUCCUGGACAUGGGCUUCAGAUGUUGUAUUCCUCGUCAAGCCGCUCCUGAACAAAAAAACGUCAGAAGCGUCUUACAUGGGCUAAAGAAAAACAGACCUGAUCUGUUGCUCAGUGGUCCAAAGUUCUCUUUUCUGAUGAGAGCAACUUUUGCAUCUCAUUUGGAAACCAAGGACCCAGAGUCUGGAGGAAGAAUGGAGAGACACACACUGCAAGAUGCUUGAAGUCCAGUGUGAAGUUUCCACAGUCUGUGUUGAUUUGGGGAGCCAUGUCAUCUACUGGUUUUGGUCCACUGUGCUUCAUCAAGUCCGGGGUCAACGCAGCCGUCUGCCAGGAGAUUUUGGAGCACUUCAUUCUUCCUUCUGCAGACGAGCUUUAUGGGGAUGCUGACUUCAUUUUCCAGCAGGACUUGGCACCUGCCCACACUGCCAAAAGCACCAAAGCCUGUUUAAAUGUACGUGGCAUUACUGUGCUUGAUUGGCCAGCAAACUCGCCUGACCUGAACCCCAUAGAGAAUCUAUGGGACAUUGCCGAGAGAAAGAUGAAACAUGAGACCGAACAAUGCAGAAGAGCUGAAGGCCGCUAUUUAAGCAUCCUGGUCUUCCAUAACACCUCAGCAGUGCCACAGGCUGAUGGCUUCCAUGCCACGCCGCAUUGAUGCAGUAAUUGCUGCAAAAGGGGCCCAAACCAAGUACUGUGUCCAUAUGCAUGCUUAUACUUUUCAGAGGUCUGAUAUUGUUCUAUGUACACUCCUUGUUUUAUUGAUUGCAUAUAAUAUUUUAAUUUGCUGAGAUUGUGGAUUUGGGGUUUUCAUGAGCUGUAAGCCAUAAUCAUCGCACUUAUGACAAAUCACGGCUUGAACUAUCUUGCUUUGCAUGUAAUGCGUGUAUCUCAUAUAUUAGUUUCCCCUUUUACGUUGCAUUACUGAAAUAAAUGAACUUUUGCACGAUAUUCUAAGUUUUCGAGUAUCACCUGUACAUUAGUGCGGCUCCCGUGACGACAGACAGGAGUGUGUCGCACAGUGCCUGGGAGUUUUGCCCAUUUUGGACCUGGAUUAAUGCAAGUUAAACUUAAUACUAAAAUGCUCUUUGAGCGGUUUUGUAGAGGAGACCUAUAGAAUAAUGCCAAUAGGGCACUAUUCUAUUAAUUAUGUAAAAGGAUUGGAAAAACCCAUUAAUAAUACAUUUUUAAAUGGUAUAUAUGAAAAUAUUAAAUUAUUUUUGAUAAAAUCUUUAUUUUUUUUAUCUGACUGAGCAUCCAUGUUGGAUCAGACUUUACUGUUGUCUGACCGACCACUGCCCAAACUAACUUGCCUGCUGUUCGGUUUCAUACAGGCAGGUUAGGUUGGCAUUUCAUAUUUUUAUUCUAAUUGGGAUACUGUCAAAAGCUCAAGCAUUAUUAUGCUUUGACUACAGGAUUGGGAACUACUGAUCUAUAGACGGUCUCACAUAGUAUAAAGAGCGUAAAGUCAAGAAAAUGUUAUGGAAAUAUGUAUCUGGCGACCUGCAAACUGCUUGCCCAAGGGCGUUGGUUUUUCCAAACUUUAUUAGCAAUAUAGUAACAUCAGUUGAAAGUAAAUGCAAGUCCAUCUCGCCUCUCCUUUCCCCUCCUCCCCAUUUCAGCUAUUAUUCCAGAUGUAAGUAACAUAUUUGUUCUUGAAGUAACUGUUAAUAAGGUGUGUUUUCUAUAUAUUAAUUAAUGUAUCUGCAACCAGACUUUUGUUUCUAGGAUCUAGAGGAGUUUUGCUUCAGAUUCUGUAUAAACCAUAUGACCGUGGUUACCCAGACUAAUGCGUUUGCAGAGAUGGAGAGUGAACUUCUGAAGAACUUCAUCAACAAAGCAAGUCGAUCUGGGGCAUUCAAAAACUGACACUGCUGUAGGCAGGUGCUACAUCUGGCUGCCAUUUAGUUAUAAUAUCCAACUUUUAACCUAAACUUGAAUUUAUAAGGACUUGGUGUAUAUACUCUUUGGUCAGAAACAAAUCUGUAAAAAUCCAGCUUGUUUCUGUGAUAUGUUUUAAUAUUUCUGUCUUACUACCUACUGCAGCAAAGUAUUAUUUACUUCGUUAUGUUUCAUCUGGUAUACUACCCGUAUCUGGAUAGGAGUAAACAUAUUUACUAUUAUUUCUAUUAGAUUUGUUACUGGUUGAUCAGUAAAUACACCAAUAUUUUUUUAUUUUAAAUUUGCACUAGUGUAUUUAGCAUAAAUGUACCAAAUCUUAUAAAAUUGCAUUGACCAUAAGUAUUCAGGUAAUAAAAAAAGUUUCUAUGUUAAUUUGGCAUAAGAGAUUAAAUUAACAGACAUAUUGAACACAGGGCUACUUUAUACAUUUUUAUAAGUAGGACUUUCUUUUGUGUCUGAUACACACAUACUGUAACACUCUCUCUCAUAUUACGGAUGAAUUGUCAUGUAUUUCCCUCAUAACAAUAUUUUCGAGUACAGGGAUUUUGGAAAACUGACAAGGGAAUUGUAUAUUUUAGGGAAAAUUGGGAAAUAAUUGGAAAACAGCCGUUUUUCCAGCUUUAUUUGGGUGUAAAGGGGGAACAGUCAUUUUUAAAAAAUUAUGUUCACCAAUCUCUACAUUUAACAAAUAUGUAUUUGUGAGGUGUAAACUUUAUGUAGAAAUGAAUACCUUUUGAUUCUCUAAAUGGCACCUACAUCUUGCUCACUGUCAAUCAUUGUUCUAAGCUCCAUCCUUUACACCUGGCAAUCCGCUUAGAGAAAACAUACAGAGGAGAGGAAAAUGAAAUGGUUUUUAUUUCUCCUCUUCAUUUGCAGUGUUUGCCCUGUCUGAACUGGAUUAUGGUCUCAUUUGCUAAAUCUAUAAUAUAAACUGAAAAGAAAACAGAGCAUCUCAUGAAAACAUGUUAAUACAAGAUAUGUUCUUUUCCAAUCAAAGUGGUUCUGCCAUCAGAAAUGGUCUGUUAAUGAUCAUAUAGCAUGUUAACCAUUUACCCAGCACUGAUUUUUUUUUUUUUUUUUAAACAAUCCACUUUGGGGCAUUUUAGGCUCAGAGAGACAUAUAAACCAUUUUUUGUUUCCUAAGCCGUAGAAUGCUGGGACCUAUUUCCAAAUCACAAAAUCUGGAAUCUGACAUUGUAUCAUCUCUUGCAGCCUUGGAUUUUGUCAAUCAGUCCCUUUCAAUACAAAUUUAAAAAUUGGGAGGCAAUUGUAAGAUGGCCAUCUCCAUGUUGAAAUCUUAGCAGAACAUCAAGUUGUAUUUCCAGCUAAACUUUCUUUAGCUUGGUUAGAUGAAAUCCAUAUUUUUGUAUUGCAAUUAAAAUUCUCUUGUCAGUUCUCAUGAUUCCCAGUUUAGUGGAUAAGUACAUUAAUUAAUCAAGUGUCUUAUAACAAAAUGCGAUGUCCCACUUAGUGGCAGCAGGACUGUAUACAGUAAAUGAUGUUGUAAAUACGUAUACCAUGCUGCAGAGGGUCCUACAGGGCCAUAUUGUGAAACCUAUGUGAAAUCUUAUUGAUUUUUAGGGGUUAAUCUUUAAUGCACAGGCAAACGAAAAUAGCAUAAAAGUUUUAGUUAUUUAAUUUUUAUUUUGGAUGUUUUGUACUGUAAUUGGUUUGGAAUAAUGUGCCCUUUUUCCCCUUCUUUGUAAAAUAUAUUAUACUAUGUCCUCAAUAAACAUCUUCAUGGUGAGCUUUACCUUGAGUCUGUUAUUUCAC